CAUACACAUUACACGCAUAGCAUAGUGAUAGUCAUUUAAAAUUACCAAUAUUAUAAAUGGUUAUAUGUUAGAGUGAUUGUAUUUGUUUUUACUAAACACGCACACAUACGUAGUAUUUCUGUGAUACAUACGUAAACAUCAGAUUACUUUUCUAUUAAAAUAAUACACUUAAUAUUCUCUUUUGGAUAACAUUGACGCGAUUAAACGCAAAUAGUGUUUACAUUAUACUCUUUACUGUUAUACUGCGUUAUCAGUGGCUCAGUGUAAUAUCAUAGCGAAAUAAUUUGCGUCGAUUGGCCUUUUAAUACUAAGAGUCUUUAAAAACUUGAACAAAAUGAGUCCACCUCACGUGACUUCGUUUUGUUGCUGCUGGGGACUCGAGACUGGUUCAAAACUAAUUGGUUCAUUACAAUUGUUGUUAUCAUUGGCACUGGUGAUCGUGUGUUCGGUAUGUGCCGAGGACGCCCGUGCUCUGAUGGGUACCAUCGAAGACGCCGAAGACCACGUGUACUCGACCUGGUAUAAGGUCACGGUUGCCGGAGUCGCUGCCUCCUUGAUACAUCUGGUGCUGGCUGUCAUUCUGAUGUUUUCAAUCUUCAAGCGCAACAUAACCGGUCUCAAAGUGUGGGUGUACACAAUGAUAGUCUUGUUCGUGUGCGCGCUGUUGUUCAUUAUCUUAACCAUGGUGCUGUGCGGAUUCUCCGGAUCCGGAUCUGAAAUAUUCGUGGCGUUUCUGGAAGCGGUUUUAGCCUUUGGUGUGAUCGCUUAUUGCGUUCUCGCGGUGUACAGCUACAGUCUCCUGCUGCAGAGCUCCCAGGAGAUGAGCAAUCCGAACAAGGUCGAUUUUAUGUAAACACUUUACAUGUGACGUUCGACAGUUUCAUGAAAGAAAAUAUUGAAAAAAAAAA